AUGAGUGCCGACGAUGACAAGAGAAUAACGGUGGAGACAGAGACCGUUCAAACGCCUGCUCAAAACCUCCUGCCCGUGCAGUUGGAGGACAAACAAGAUGAGGAAGACACGGGCAUUAAAACGCAAGAGGAGCCCUCUGCGAAGCUCAUAGACCACAACCCCAUGUCGCUACACAACAGCAGCGGAGCCAUACGCAACAAGAAGUCCAAUCUGUUCAUGGAUUCGUUUUUAGGGAAGGAAGCAUCGCCGUCAAUAGCUGCAGGAAUCACGCACAAACCACUCGUGGCUGGCAGUAGUGCUGCUUCGAAAUCGUACAGAGAGUCUACAGAGGAGUCGGCACUCCCGUCUCGUGCCGCAGUCGUGGAAGAGCCAGAAGCAGACGAGAAAAACGGUGGUUCAGCAGGUCUCACGGCAGCAGCAGCAGCUGCUGCUGCUGCUGGAGUCGAGCACGGCUCUGAAGAGCCAGGACGCAAAACGCGAGAGCCGCCCAAAAAGUCUGAUUUCUUCGCUGCGCAACUUGCCUCUGCAGUGGGAGAAAACGAGAUCAGCGAUUCAGAAGAGACGUUCGUGUACGAGUCUACAGCAACGUCGAACAAAAACGUGAUGCCCGGCGAACCCCGGUCUCACGGUCUCCCGACCAAAAUGAGCGCACCGCUUCUCAAUCACACGGGUCCCAGAGCAGCCAACGCGAAGCUUCUAAACAGGGCCAAAGCUACUCGUCACACCAGCAUUGCAGCUAUACCCGCUCCUGUGUCUGAACAGUCCGAUGACCUGCACAGCCUCAAGUAUGUGAAUCAUGUUAAUCAGCAGGAAAUCAGACCUGUGCGUUCCUACACGGCGAUGCCACAAUCUCCAGGUAAAAGACUGUCUUUGAUAUCACUUGGUCAAAAUGGCGGGAGCUCCGUUCCCCGUCGCACCUCCCGCAAAACCUCGAACAAUCUCAACUCUAAUAACGCCAGACGGAAGGUGUCUCAUCGAAGACAGCUACGCACAACAGCAUCCAAAAUUUUCGACGCACACGGUGCAUCCUUGCGACGGUACUCCGGCGUGCCCGACGACGUCAACUUAGAAGAUUACAUCGAGCAAACCGGCGGCGAAUUGACGCCAAAUAAAUUCGCCUACCACAGCGAUUCGGACUUUGAGGAUGAGCCCGUGAGCUACGCGCGCCAUGGCGACGACGAGGAAGACAACCACUCCAUGUUUUACUACUCACAUCCAAAGACGGACCUAGAGGCUCGUCCAUGUCUCUCGGACUACGACGAGGAAGAAGGUGAGGAUCACGACCGCGUUGGACACCAGCUAGAGUACCCACCAGGCAUAGAAUAUUAUGGUGAUAGCUAUUUUUAUCAACCGACCGAGGCCACUCCGUUGAAGAAGAAAUCAACUCACCAUACGGGCUAUUCUCCGCACAAUUUUUACACUACGAAGACUACCUGGACGAAAAUGAGGAAUAUUGUGUAUUUUGCCUUUGUGGUGUCCUUUCUACUGACACUGGGCUUCAUUUCAGGUUUUUUACUGGCCACCAACAAAGAGCUGCAUGAUCUGGAAAUCGCGAAAGUAACGUCUGUUUUGGUGAGCACGGACGAACUGGUCUUUGACGUUAUAGCGACUGCAUUCAAUCCGGGCUUUUUCACGGUGGAGAUUCAAAAGGUGGAAUUGGACAUUUUUGCAAAGACGUCGCACCUGGGGACGGAGGGGGAUCCUCUGGGUACCCCAUAUCAAACUAUUCUUUUAGGAACGGCGGAAAACAUGGAAACGUCUUUGCAAUUUCAAGGCGGGUUUUUCCACCGAAACUACGAUAUAUCCCGGUCCAGCGUGAAGCUCGUGAAACCGGGACUUGUUGAAAACCAUGAAGGGCAGGAACCUGGCGACUCAAUUGACGGAGUGAAAAUCGAGAACGGCCACGACAAAUGGCGACAACUGAUACGCUACGACUUUGAUCUGAUUAUUCGCGGCAACAUGUACUAUAAAAUGCCGUUUUUUAACAGCGAGAAGAGCGUGGGAGUUCAGGGCUCGACAAGUGUUAAUCCGGAUGAUGACGGCACGAGAGUAAUCUCUUUUGAAAGCGAGUUGUAA